AUGAAUUUCAAAGAGGAUCCAAAAAAUCUGAUAAUUCCAUUGGAUUUGGCUAAGAUCAUAUAUGAUAAAUGGGAUGCUGAUUUGGCUAUACUGGAUCAGCCUGAUUAAGUAUAUGGGAAAGCAUUACAUGGGAAGGGAGAAGUUACAUUCAAAAAUGGGAAUAAAUAUGAAGGAGAGUUUCAUAAUGGAAUGUUACAUGGUUAUAGUAAAUAGCAAUAUUCUAGGUGAGGGCACAUUUACUUGGGCAUCUGGAGUAAUCUAUAAAGGAGAAUUCACAUACAACAAGAUAGAAGGAUAAGGAACUUAUUAAUGGCCAGAAGGAUCUACAUACAGUGGGGUAGUAGUCAAUGGAUUGAGACAUGGAUAAGGGAAGUUUGUUACAGCAGAUAAAUCCGCUGUAUAUGAAGGUUAAUGGGAGAAUGGUUUAAGACAUGGUUUUGGAAAAAUUACAUUUCAAAGUGGGUAUGAGUGAAAAAUUUGAAAUUUAGUGCUACAUUUGAAGGACAAUUUUAUCAAGGGAAUAAAUCAGGAAAAGGAAAAAUGAUAUAUCCUUCAAAGAAUUAUUAUGAUGGAGAUUUUUUAAUGGAUAAAAAAGAAGGUACUGGAGUAAUGUUUUGGUUGAGUUCAAAUGAAAAAUAUUAUGGAUAAUGGAAAGAUAAUGUAUAAAAUGGAUGGGGUGUUCACUUAUGGAUAGAACCUAAAGGAGAAGGUUCUAAAUAUUUAAGAAAUAGAUAUGAGGGGGAAUGGGAAAAUGGAGAAAGAAGUGGAGUUGGAGUAUUUUAUUAUGCAAAUGGUGCUAAAUAUAUGGGAAGUUGGAAAAAUAAUCUUAAAUAUGGAGUUGCACUAUUUAUUACAGAUACUGGCGGUUUUAUUUUAGGAGAAUUUAAAUAAGAUAGACUUGUAUAAGUAUAUGCAACCACUGAAAAUGAAUCAAGAACUGGUAUACUACCGAGAGAAAUUGCACCUUAAGGUAAUGAAUUAAUUUAAUAACAUGAUAAUCCUAAAGAAGCAACUGAUAAUAAAGAUAAAAAAAAAGAUAAUAAAGACAGUAAUAAAGAUAAAAAAAAAGAUAAUAAAGAUAAUAAUAAAGACAGCAAUAAAGAUAAUAAUAAAGAUAACAAUAAAGAUAGUAACAAAGAUAAUAAUAAAGAUAAUAACAAAGAUAAAAAUAAAAUGGGAAAUACUACUAAGAGACCUGAAAAAUUGGCUGGUAUCAAUAAUCCUAAUCAAACUUAAACUAAUCUUAAUAAAACAAUAGAGACUAAUCCUUAUUCUUAUAUGAUUGAUUUUUCUGACUUAUAUAAAGGGUUGUAAUUAGAUUCAUAAUAAAUUGAUUAAAAUGUUUAAACGAUGUUAUUGAGACAUAAUUAUACACUUAAAACAUAAUAUAAGUUUUUUGCUAAUAAAUUCGAAAAUAUGCUCUAUGAAGACACAUUUUCUUUAAGUUUAGAAGGCUUCUGGAAAAUUGCUAGAGAUGUAUUUAUAAUAUACUUAUCUAGGCUAAACUAUUAAAUUAAAAUUAUUCUUUGGCCGAGUUGAACAGAAAUUUUUUAUAAGGAUCUAAAAAUAAUUAUAGAUUAAAAUAUGAUAGAUAAGAAUUGAAUGUUGAAAUAGAUGUUCUUAGUAGAUAGGGUAGCAAUAUUAAUUUAUAAGAACUUAAUGAUUUAUUUCAUUAAUAAAUGGCUUUUGAUUGUAUAUCAAAUGAUAAAAUAAACUAUUAAGAAUUUUAACUAAAAGAUGUUACAUUCAAAAAGAAAGUAGAAGAUAUUCAUGAUCCUAGAAGAUGUAUCUUAUUUAGACAUUUUAUUGAAUUGAUCGUUAGAUUAUCAUAUUUAAAAUAUGGUAAUCUUAUUGAUUUACACAGAGCUAUUGAGAGAGUCAUUAUCAGUAAAUUAACACCAUAUUUUGAAAGAAAAAAGGGUAAAUAGAAUCAAUCUUUAGAUGAUACUAAAAAAUCUACUCAUCCUAAAAUUAUUAUCGGAGAUUAUAUUGAUGAAAUAAAACCAAUUUUUGAAAUAUGGUCAAUUGAAAAUAGAGAAACCUAAUUUGGAUUCACUGAUAGAACUAUUAAUUUAGAAUAAAUAUAUAAACUUCUUAAUGCUUCUGAAUAAGAUAAAGCUAUACUCAUUAGUUAUGUUGAUAAAAACUUUGAUACAGAUGAAGGUUAAAUAACUUAAUAAUCUAUUUCAUAAAUUGAUUAAUCAUCUGUCAAUCAAACAAUCAGAGAGGAUGGAAAUAAACGUAGAAAAAAAUAAUAAGAUUAAACAGCAGAGAAAGAUUAGAAAAAAACUUUAGAAAAGGCAACAUCUAUAAUUAAAUAUGAAUUGUUACUCUUUGAAUUUACAGAUAUUCUAACUUCAUUUUUAGUCAAAAAGGUAAUCAUAUUCUUAUUUAUAAUAAAUAGCACAAAGACUUACACACUAAUAAAGAGGAUGAAUUUAAAGUGAGAAUGAGUAAUCAUAUUAAAAAACUCAAAAAUAGAAAACCACCUACUUUAACCAAAUUCAAAUAACCAAGAUUAGAACCUCAAACAUAAAAAGAUAUUUAAAAAGAAUAAUUAAAAUAAUUAAGAAUCCAAUAAGAGAUCAAAGCUAGACAAAGAAAACUAUUAGAAGAGGAAAGAAAAUAAGAGUAUUAUUCUUAAUAUAUAAUUUUAAUAGAGAGCGAGAGAGAAAUUUAAUGGCUUUAGAAGAUAAUGAUAUAAAAUCAGAACAUGAUGAUGAAGAAGUGGAAAGUGAGGAAAGUGAUUAUUGA